UGACGUCACACUGGGGGAGUCGUGAGCGUGUGCGAGCUCUUUAUCUUUGAGAUGUUGACCUCUGGAAACUACCUAGCAGCGAGGAGCUGUUAGUAAUACCAGUUGAGUCAAGUGCUUAGACAAAGAGCAUCGUUUACGUGAACUAAACUCGUGUGCAGAAGUUGUUACAAAAACUAAAGAAAAUGGAGUUUCUAACCAUUCCUGCAAGUGCCCCCUAUACGAGCCCAGUAGAGAAGCAGACCUCCCCACAAGCCAAGCGAAGAUGGAAAAGCUUUAUGACAAAUAAUCGCGCUUUGAGCGUGGCGGUUCUGGGAAAAGAUGGGGUCGGAAAAUCAGCGUUCACAGUCCGAGCGCUGACGAGAAGAUUUAUCGGGGAGUAUGACCCCUUCUUAGAGCUGAACUACAAGCACUCCAUGGAGAUCGACGGUCAGUACUUGGCCCUGGAUGUCUUGGAUACGGCAGGCAAGAAUUCCGAGGAAAAGUUGGAAAGAGCCAGCGAGAAUACCGAGAUCUACUUUCUGCUUUACUCCACAACAGACAAGAGGUCUUUCACAGAGGCCGAGGAGAUAGCCGAGUACCUCUUCGAAACCAAGAACAUUGACCCAUCGACGCUGACUAUAGUAGCGACCAAGAAAGACCUUGUUCACAUGCGGGAAGUCGACGAGUACGAAGGUCGCUUCCUCGCUCAAAACUACGGCUGUGCGUUUGCGCAAAUCUCGAUAUCGGAACACUACACAGAGACAGUGUCGACGGUCCAAAACGCAAUCAAAGAAUGUAUCAACAGGUUGAAUAUUCGCAAGAAAGCUAAUGGAUUCUUAGAUACUCUUAGAAGAAGGUCUUGGAGCGGACAGUAAAAUGAGUUUUGUCGUAAGCUUGCGUUGCGAUGGCAACUGAGUCCGCUGAAACGGAAAAAAGCGUGUGCCAUGAGCAUGGAAACGUUCAGAUGAAGGACUGUUAUACGACAGCACGAAAUAGACCACAAAUAGCACAGUCUUUGCUUGGGAUACCUUUGGUGGGUGGAGUCUCGAUAAAGGGGCUAAUCCAGGACUUUUCGAGGGGGGGGGGGGGGGACAAUGAAGAUGCAUUUUUUGUCCUUGCCAUGUCAUAUAUCGAGGUUCCGCUAUUAACGAGAAAAAUAUUGCUAUGUAUUGUCUGAUAUCGUUAGUAGAAAACCAAAAGAAUAAAUUAUGAGAUAAGCAAA